AGGGGCGUGCGGACAGUUAUGGCGGCCGUGGACCCCAGAAAUAGAUUGUUUUCCUCUUAUACAGGAGAGCAUCAUUGAGAUCGAUGACUCUAUCAAUGACAAUGAAUGGUCAACAAACACAGUCAUGUGCAUAGCCCGUGAUCCAGUCACAAGUGUAUCAAAAGCUGGCCUUUGCCCUCCUGGCUGCCAUGUCUUACGACGUUGUGAUGGUGAACAUGGAAAGGGAAGAGGUCUGCCUGCCCCGACUUAACCCCCAUCUCCUGAGCACCACCACGGGAGGCGCCGAGGCCUCGUGGCAAGACUGCCUGCUGCCCUUUGGACUGGUGAUGGGCAUCAUCGGCGUGGCAGCCACCAGUGUGGCUUGCGCCCGCGAUCCUCCGGGCUCUGUGUUGGCUAUACUGGGGUUCACCUGGCUUGGGGUUGGGGCUCUGGCAGUGACCGUCAGCUGCUGGUGCCGGCGUUACAGGAGGAGGAAAAGAGAGUGGGACGGCAGCUGGUCCGUGCUGGUGGGGGAGACGCAAGCACAGAAAGCGAUGGUGUAAAAGCCCUGAGUCAUUUCCCUGCUGGAAUAUAUUCCUGUAUCAAGUACAAAUGUGUCCUGGAGAGCUGUGUCUAAACAAAGGCCCAUAAGAGACGCCAGAAUCAAUUUCUCAGAUUUCCAAGUGAAACUAACAGGCAACCAUUCCAGGUUUCACAGCCAGCUGAUUUCUAUGGGAAAUGAAGAACAAACAUGAGAAUGCUAAACUACAACUAAAAACCUUGCCAGAUCACUUUUUUAACAGCAUGGUGUAGUA